UUUUCCAAUUUCCUAUGACUGUGUCCGAUAUUUCGUAUAUAGCCGCCGAAUACCACAUAUCAUGUUGGUUACGACGGAUACCACGUUUGAAUUUCGCAUUACAUGUUUACAGUGUCAAUAGACUUUGGACGGCGUGAUAUUAAUUAAUAAAGAGUGGGAGAGGAGGACGCGUCGGCCGUUGACGGUCGAGCCGUUCGUCGAAUUCGGCAGGCUACGAUCAACACCCGUGCAAUACAGUUAUCGUAGCAUUUUUUUUUCGUUUUUUGUUCUUUUUUUGCACAUUCAGAGUAUUUUAUACUCAUUAUUUUAUAUUAUUACAUUUACUUAUUUUAUUCGUCUAAUACUUAAUUCAGUUAUUAUUAUUCGGUUGUUUUUUUUAUUAUAUCAAGGAUUUCGAAGACCGUCUGUUCAUAAUGGUUAAAAUCUGUGUCAUGUGCGGUAACGUCGAUGCUGUUAUUGGAGUUUCAUUACACAGAUUUCCGUCAAACGUCGCACGCAGAUUUCUGUGGGUGCAGUUCGUGGAGACCAACGGUUUUGCUGUUCGCCCCACCUCAAUGCUCUGUUCAAGACAUUUCGUUCCUCGACUCGACUACUUACCGAGUGCCAACCGUCGCCGCCUCUACAACGCAGCAGUGCCGUCAAUAGUAGUCAGACGGCAUGUAGUGCCUGACGGUGAACUAGCAGUUCACGCAGGCAUUGAUAACGUUCAUGUACACGACGGCGGCGCAGAAAUUGUCGAGGUACAGUUGGAUGACAACCGCGUGGAAGUUCAUGUGGUUCAAGUGGAGGAUAACAAUGUGGAAGUUGUUGAGAUAUACGACAUUUCGAUGGAUGACAAUACAGUCCAUGUCGUUGAAGCACAGAUGGACGACAACAUUGUGGACGUUGUUGAAGUUCAGAUGGACGACGUCCGUCAGGACGGUCAAGACAUUGAGGAAGUCGAAGUCGUUGAUGUUCUACUGGCCGACGCACAGGCAGAACUUGAAUUAGCAAACGUAUUCAAUGACGUUUUACUUCAAGACGUCGACGAAGAGUUGGAGCCUAUUCCACCCUGUGUACCGGUUGCAGAACCUAGGGCACCUGCGCCAAUGAGAGACCGUCCGGCAGGUGUUCAACACCCACUACCAGAACAACACAACAUUGGGACAUUGGAUGCGGUCUGCAGGGAUUGUCAGGCCCGUCACUUCAACUGUGAGCGCGCUUCUAGAGGCCACUUCUCCACGUGUUGUAACAACGGUCAGGUGACCGUUACAGGACAUCGUGUGUUGUUGAGAGCACCGGUAUUUAUAACUAAUUUGUUGAUCGCUGAUUCACAGGAAGCUAAAAACUAUCGAACUCACAUUCGCCGGUACAACAACUCUCUGGCAUUCGCUGCGUUCUCCAGUGACCUCAAUCCAAGACGGUUGACAGGUCGAGGACCAAACGUGUUCACUGUCCAUGGCCAAGUGUACCGCAGGACGAACAAUGAUGUCGUUGGAAACGGACGGGAACAACCGAGAUACUGCGAAUUGUAUUUCGUCGAUUCCGCUGAGGCCAACCAGGCCCGCUUGCGACAACAGCCAAUCCCAGGCCGUCUGUUGGAAGGUUUGCUUGCGGACUUAGACCAACUGCUUCGGGACAUCAAUCCAUAUGCUCUGGCUUUUAAGAACAUGCGUAGGCUGUGGUCGGAAGAAAGAAAUAGAGCCAAUGCCAACCCUGCUGUGGUGAAACCGAGGACGGUCACCAUGCAUUUUGUUUCGGAUGCGGCCAGGGAUCAGCGACGAUACCAGAUACCGACUGCUAACGAAGUUGCGGCCGUGUUCGUCGGUGACGAUGGUCGACCGCCUAGAGACCUCAAUCUGGUAAUAUAUGACAGGAAUACUGUUAAUCCUCAACACAGGAUGCAAACCAUAUCCGUGGGUUCGUGUCACGCGGAUCCCAUGUUGUAUCCGCUGUUGUUUCCGUGCGGAGAAAGUGGUUGGCAUUUCAACAUGAUGCAGGAGGGUAACCGCAACAACCGAGUUCGCGUUCGGAACACUAUCCGGGAGUUUGUGUGUUAUCGAAUGGCCAUUCGAUAUGCAGGAAACAACGAUACUAAUCACGAAUACAUGAGUUUGUUACAUGGUGGUGGUUUUUUGUUGCAGCAGUACAUUUGUGACCAGUACGUUCGAAUGGAAUCGAACAAUCUCAACUACGCCAAAAAUCAGCGGGCACUCCUCGCUGAUGCGUAUCAGGGACUUGUGGACCACGUAAACCAACAGCACAACUUGGACGCGCCGGCCAACCCUAUGGCUGUCGGCCGUAGGGUCAUCUUACCUUCGACGUUCGUCGGGAGUCCACGUUACAUGAAAGGAUGUUAUCAUGAUGCAAUGGCCAUUGUGCGUAAGUACGGUAAACCUGACCUGUUUGUUACUUUUACGUGCAACCCUAGGUGGCCAGAAAUCACACAGAAUCUCGGAAGGUGGACUGCUCCGACUGACAGACCAGAUCUCAUUGCCAGGGUAUUCCACGCCAAACUCAAGGCCCUCAUGCAGGACAUUAUAGUCGACUCUGUGUUUGGUAAUGUAGACGCAUAUGUAUACACUGUUGAGUUUCAGAAACGCGGUCUACCGCACGCGCACAUACUAAUCAUCCUCAAGGAGGACAGUAAAUUGCUCACUGUAGAGGACGUGGACAACGUUGUGUGUGCCUUCUUGCCAGACCCGACAUCUGACAGGCGCCUAUUCGAUUGUGUGACGUCGCACAUGAUUCAUGGACCGUGUGGAACACUCAACGCCAACAGUCCGUGUAUGGUUGACAAAAAGUGUUCGAAGAGGUAUCCGAAAGAAUACAGCGACGAGACAGUAUAUGCCUCUAACAACGGUUACCCUACGUAUCGCCGACCCAACAAUGGCCCUGUGGCCCUUGUCAGACAACUGGAGGUCGGCAAUGAGUUUGUCGUCCCACACAACCCAUACCUUCUGGCCAAAUAUGAUGCACACAUCAAUGUGGAGGUGUGCUCAACAGUGAAGAGUGUCAUGUAUUUAUAUAAGUAUGUGUACAAAGGACAUGACGCGGCAACUAUGGAAGUAUGGGAUGGCGAUGAAAUAUCAAAGUGA